AGCUUUCUGGCGGGGGCCCUGCCGGCUCGGAGCUCGGCUUCUCUGCUGGACCGGGCAUCUGCCUCCCUCGGGUGCCAGGUCUCGUCCCUGUCGGGCCCCCUCACUACCCCAGAGCUCACCCGCCAGGGUCACCCGGGAGGGAUGCCCCAUCAGGCACCUGCCCAACUUGGGGGAAGUUAUUUGGGCAUUUAUUAGUCUGGUUUGGUUUUGAUUGCAGGCAGUCCUCGGACUUGCGACACAACCACAACCGCAUCUUAAGUCGAAAGGUCGUCACCGAUUUUCCCAUAGGCACAACGUUAUAAAUGGGGGUUUGGUUCCUGAACCAAGGCACGGUACCCUAUUUUCACCAAGAAUAACCCAGAAUUUUGUGCUCAUUCAAUUAUAGAUGAGUCAGAUAGCUACAUUAGUGUAUUUAUAUUGUAAAUAGCAAUCAUAUUGAUUUGGAAGGAUUUUUUUGAGGUGACUGCUGGACUUUUUGAAGGGCUCUUGGUUGGAGUCUUCUCAGGGGUCUUGACUGCAGGUUUUUCUGGAGUCUUGUCUGCUUUUGUAAAGAAAGCGUCCAAGAAAGUUUGGACAGAUGUUCUCCAGGGAGAUGAGCAAUGCAGCCAACUUGUUCAUUGGCGUUGUGUCGGAUCAAGUGUCAUGAAGUUGAAACUCAUGUCAGAAAGUCGAAACAGGACGUCAGUGUAUAAAGGUCAUAAGUGCCGUUUGUUGUAACUCAAAAUGUCUUAAGUCGAGGACUGCCUGUCUUCUCUUGGCCGCAGUGCUAGGAGACGGGGCUGUCUGUCGCACAGGUAUUUUGCUACGUGAGCAGGUUUCGUGUGUGCUUCUAUUACAACCACAGGUGGAAUCCUCCAUGGGUGCCCGCAUUGGGAUGUGCUAUUUGUAAAGGAUGUGAAGCAGGAGCUGUGUCCCAGAGCCAGCCUAUGGUGAGGGACCGUGUCCGUGGGCAGGAUGAGGUGAGGGUGGGUAUUGUGACAUAGCAGGAAAGUGUCAGAUUUGUAAUCUUUUGGGAUUAGGGAAGCAGAAGGCAGGGGAAACCAUGCUAAAAAGACAUGGAGAAGGUGCAGGAGUCAAAGCAUCCCCUUGCUGUCCUAGAGCCUGGAGAGAAGAUCUUAAAGGACUUCCAGGUCCUGGUGGAAAAGGUUGGAGGAAAGCCUGAUGUGCUGCUGAUUGGAGAGGCACUGACAGGGGAUGACACACGGGCUCUGAUGAAGGCUUUUGUCCAGGAACUGUUCCCAGACUCUCUCAAACCAAGCAAGAGCCUGGACAUGACUGUGACUCAGACACUGCCAGGGAUUGAGCCUGGUUCCAGCAAGAGCCAAUCCCAACUCGUUUUUUUCCUAUGCCGAGCUUCUUGCCUACAGAAUAAGCAGUCUGAGAUCCAGGAGGUCUUGAAGGAAGUAAAGAAGUAUACUUGCAAAGCCCCGGCUGCCUUGGUGGGAAUUGUCAUGCAGCCCAAAAAGAAUGAGGAGGCCCAAGCCCGGAAGCUAAUGGAGACCCUGCUCCGGGGAGUCUUCCCUAGGCAGCCACGUAACAGAAGGAGGCAGAGUAGCAAGCAGGGCCAGGAGAAGGAAAUAGAGCUGGAGGAAGUGCAGGUGGAAGUAGAGAUCUUCGUUCCAGGGCAGCCACGGGGGAAACUAGCCAUAAUGAAAGCUGCCUGCCGAGCUGCUGAGGCUCUGAAGCAGACAGAAUCUGCAGGUGUGAAGCAGGAUGGUUGGGAAGAGGGGAAUCUGAGAAAAAGGAUCUGGGAGCGUGGAGGGAAGUGCAUGGUAGAUUAGGGAAACACUGGGCUGACAAAAGCUAGUUACUGAGGUCAUUACUGUUUUAUUUCUAUUGGACAUUGUUUUUGCAUUAUUUUUGUAUAGAUGGGGGAUUCUCUAUGUUAAUGGAUAAACAAGGGUAAUUUGAGAUUUAGUUUCAUCUGCAAAACUGUUACACAUCAGCUAAUUAUCCUGUGUGGGGCUAGCUGCUGUAGGGUCUCUAGGGCAUCCAUCUUCUCAUCUCAGUGUUGGGCCUCAGAGAGACAAGAUGUCUGUGAUGGGAGUCCUAUUCUUCACCUUUGGAAAACAUUCCACAUCUUGCCAUUACCAGGCCAGAAAUAUGAAUCUGGCAAAGAA